GCACCCACAGCGACCUCAAGGGACUCAAGCAAGCUCUCACAGUGCUGGAGGAAGAGGUCAACCCUUGCUGACGCUACCCUGCAGUAUCAUUGCUCUCAGCAACAACUCAACUCUUCCUAUUUCCUGCAAACAGAGUGAGUGAGUGAGUGACACAGAAGUAGAAUAGUCUAAAUGUUUCUUCUCUCUAGACUUCUCUCCUCUUCUGUUUUUUCCUGGACAGUUCGGAGCUGCUAAAACUGCUGCUAAAGACGCUGUUAGGAAUGCAGUCGGUAUCACAUCUGGGGUUAGUUUGGGUAUUUACAACAACAACAAGCCAGUGAGAGAGGAGACACAACUGGAAUAUCCUUCAGUGCAGUGAGUCUUGACUUACAGCAGCUCCCCUUAUGCUUCUUUUUUCUGGAGAGAUUAAUUGAAUAUCACACUCCAGUCAGCCUUGUUGAGGCUUGCCUGGAAGCUCAGUGGAUGAACUCUGCAACAUUCCUCACCGGUUUUCUGCGGAUCCUGAUGCAUUGAUGAUUAAUGAGAUCCGAUCUGCACGUGAAUUUAUCAGUUCUGUUUUCAUCUCUCACCUGGAAUCUUCAUGUUUUUUGGAUCAUUGAAGUGCAAUGCCUCAUGGAGGCUUGGUCCAGAUGUUCAGGUUAUUUUCUUUAAAUCCCGGAGUGUCUAAUAUAUGUCAGUAGCUCGAGGGACAAUGAGCAAAGACUUCCGAUUGUCAAGGAAAGGGGAGCAAACUGGCUUCGGACAUGGUCGGAGACACUCGUGCUUGGGUUUUGAUGUGGAGAAUGGCCUGUCAGUGGGUCGCAGUCCACUGGACUCUCAGAUUAGCCCAGGCUCUGGUCUGGUGCUUCAGGCCAACUUCCCCCACAGUCAACGCCGCGAGUCCUUCCUCUACCGCUCCGACUCAGACUUUGACCUUUCACCCAAAGCCAUGUCCCGCAACUCAUCCACUGCCAGUGACCUGCAUGGAGAAGACAUGAUAGUGACUCCAUUUGCGCAGGUUCUUGCCAGUCUACGGACAGUGAGAACUAACUUUGCUGCGCUGACACAUCUCCAAGAUCGUGUGGGAAACAAGAGGCCGUCCAGCAGCAACCAGCCAUCCAUGUGUAAACCAUGUCUUACAGAGGAGCCCUACCAGAAGCUGGCGAUGGAGACACUGGAAGAGCUGGACUGGUGUUUGGACCAGCUGGAGACACUGCAGACGAGACACUCUGUCAGUGAGAUGGCAUCCAAUAAGUUUAAGAGGAUGCUGAAUCGUGAGCUGACGCAGCUAUCGGAGACAAGCCGCUCAGGGAAUCAGGUGUCAGAGUUCAUCGCCAGCACCUUCUUAGAGAAACAACAUGAUGUGGAGAUCCUGUCUACACCUCCUAAGGAAAAGGAGAAGAAGAAGAGGCCAAUGUCACAGAUCAGCGGAGUGAAAAAGGCCACACAGAACCCCAGCUUAGCACCCGCCUGCAUCCCCCGCUUUGGAGUCAACACGCCACAUGAAAGUAUGCUGGCCAAGGAGAUCGAGGACAUUGAUCGCUGGGGUCUCGAUAUUUUCAAAAUAGCAGAAUUUUCUGGAAACCGCCCUCUGACGGUGGUCAUGUACUCUGUUUUUCAGGAGCGAGACCUGUUGAAAACCUUUAAGAUCCCAAUUGACAUCUUCAUCACCUUCAUGAUGACCUUGGAGGACCACUACCACGCUGAUGUAGCUUAUCACAACAACAUCCAUGCAGCUGAUGUCGUGCAGUCCACCCACGUCCUGCUGUCCACCCCUGCUUUAGAGGCCGUGUUCACAGACCUGGAGAUCGUGGCAGCUCUGUUCGCUAGUGCCAUCCAUGAUGUUGACCACCCAGGAGUCACCAACCAGUUCCUAAUAAAUACCAGUUCGGAGUUGGCGUUGAUGUACAAUGAUGCAUCAGUGCUAGAGAACCACCACCUGGCUGUGGGAUUCAAGCUGCUGCAAGAAGACAACUGUGACAUCUUCCAAAACCUCAGCAAGAAACAGAGAGACUCGCUCCGUAAGAUGGUGAUUGACAUGGUGCUGGCCACAGAUAUGUCCAAACACAUGAACUUCUUGGCAGACAUGAAAACAAUGGUGGAGACCAAGAAGGUGACCAGUCUCGGAGUCCUGCUGCUAGACAACUACUCUGACCGCAUCCAGGUUCUGCAGAACAUGGUCCACUGUGCUGACCUCAGCAACCCAACCAAACCACUGGAGCUGUACCGGCAAUGGACAGACCGCAUCAUGGUGGAGUUCUUCACCCAGGGAGACCGAGAGCGGGACAAGGGCAUGGAGAUCAGCCCCAUGUGUGACAAACACAAUGCCUCCAUAGAGAAGAGCCAGGUGGGGUUCAUUGACUACAUUGUUCAUCCUCUGUGGGAAACCUGGGCGGACUUGGUGCACCCUGAUGCCCAGGACAUCCUGGACAUGCUGGAAGACAACAGGGAGUGGUACCAGAGCAUGAUCCCCCGCAGCCCUGUGCCCUCCAGCCCUGAGGAGCACCUUGCUGAGGUGGGGCCAGGAGGAGGAACUGUGGGAGCAGGAGGGGCUGUCCCUUCAGGAGGAGGGGACAAGUUCCAAUUUGAACUCACUCUUGAGGAAGAGGAUGAGGAGGAGGUGGAGUCAGACUUGGAAAGUCCCCUGGAGGAGGAGUCCCAGUCAGGCGGGGAGAGGCGCCAGGACUCCUCCUCCCCCUCUUUAUCCCCGGACCCCCACGGCAGCAACAGGUACCGCCCCCCCUCGCCUCACCCGCCUCGGACCCUGAGUCUGGCUGCCAUGUCGAUGCGGAGCCCCCGCACCCUCAGGACACUGGCCUCCCCAGGGCAAGAGGGCAUCAAUAAGGACAGAGAAUUGAGCCAGGAGGGUGAUGGGGUGGCCUGCCUGGAUAUGGGCACGUAACGACCAGCACUACCUGCCCUCCCUGAGAAACGUGGGUGCUGGGUCUAGGGAGAUGGAGGCAGGGCAGGCCUUUACCAAUAAUGUCUGUAAACUCACCACAGUCCCUUUACGCUGGAGACACUGUCUCUGGAAAACAGAGGGACCUUCCCCCUCUGUUUUAUUUUAAUUUUCAGCAAGAAGAAUUGUUUUAGCCUCUCUUUGGGUGCCUGAUAGGCCUUUGUGUCCCCUCCUGCUUUGUUGUAGCUUCAGUUCAGAGUGUCCCAGACAAAGACUUGAUCUGUUUUAACUGGGAAGAGGAGUGAAGCCAAAGGCGUGAUGGAAAUGUCUUCCUCCAAAACAACUGUUUGUGACAUUUGGACAUGAGCAGCGAAUGAGGAUCGCAGUGGUUUGACAGGGUCAUUUCUAUUUAAUUUUGCACCAUAGUUUUAGUUUAAGAUAUAAAACUAUUGAAUCAGUUGGGAGUAAGCAAGUAUGAUUUAUUUGUUUGAGAAUGAUGUCAGAGUUUAAUCAUUUUACCAAAUAGGUGAGCAGCGAGAAAAUCGAUGGACCUAAACCUCAGGGUAUGAAGAGAACAUAAGUCUCAUGUAGCAUGGAUGUAGUGGGUACCCCUGACAUGACCCCCAACACCAAACUGUCUUUCUUUUUUGAUUUACCUCCAAAACAGAGACAGCUGAGACUUUUUUAAACCUGUGUGUCGCUACAUUUAACUACAACCCUUUAAGAGAAAAUUUGGCAACUGAAGCAAUGGAGUGAUUUAUAUUUAAAUCAGCUUGUUUUACCAGAAAGUAAACACUGAAGACUACCCCAGCCUCACUGGUUGAAAAUACAAAAGACACCACCUGUAUAAUUAGGUUGAGCUUUAUUUUAUUUUAUUUUUUAUCUGAGAUGAUUUUAAAUGGUGUCAUUGUUGUAGAUUUUAAUUUAGAAACCAUCCUUUGUUGUACAUUUGAUGGUCUCGUCUGCGUUUAUGUGCUUGAAAAGCUCUUCUUUUUUUUUAAUCAGGGUGCCUCCAGUCCGCAGUAGCACUUUACCGUCUCUGCCGUUCAGCUCUUCGAUUCUGUCACACAAAGGGCUUCACCCACUGUAGGCCUACUGAUCACACAAACACAGUUCAGGACAUCUCAUGCCAGGAUUCAACAGGCAGGGCAGGAAAGUAACCAACCAGCUAAUUGAGAAUUUGAUGGAUUUAACCAACACGAAUAUUUGUCAGUUAAUAUUCGAAUUAUAAGAUACCAGCUGAGUUUUGAAAAAAACUUCAAAUCCUGAAGUUAAGAGUCACUAAAACAUGAGGCCUUGGACUGAGAGUUGUAAGUUUUAAAUGUUUUACACUAUGAAUUACUUUGGGACAAAUAAAGUCUGGAAAAGAGCUCUAUGCAAACCAAUAAUCCAUUCAAUACCAAGUACAGGUGUGAUCAGCUCUGUCAACUUUAAUCCACGAGAGCCGCACCUUCCUCUAGAUGACCUGAGGUUCGAGAUUGAAAACUUUUUUCAGAGUAUUGAUUUUAAGGGAAACUGGUGCUGUGAGUUGUUGACUUGUUUGGCAUCACCUACAAAUUAAUAUUAUGUAGGCAAUGUUUUUAAAUCUACAUCCAAUCGACAAACUGUAAUCCAGUAUUACAGUGUUGCAUGUCGAUAAAGUUGUGGCAGUCACGAGAGUUUUUUUUUUCAAAAAUGAUCAGAAUCAAAGCAGAGGUGUGGUUAAGCUCCAAAAUACUGGAUCCUACAUUUAACAUAAUGCAAUUCAGUACGAUCUUUCAUAAGAGUCUCUGCUGCUAAAUGCCCAGAUUUUUAGAGUCAGGGCACCCAGUUUUUAUUGUGCAGUAAAUAUGAAAUUUGGAAAAUAACUGUGAUGACAUGACACCACCAGACUUUAGAAAGCUCCCUUCCCAGCAACACAAAACAUUACAGAACAGGCUGAGCUCAGAUAAACUGACCUUCCUAACUAAAAUUAAAGGAGCGCCCCUAAAUAUAUAACCUUCUUAACAGUUUUUUUCUCCAGAAUCAGUAAGGAUCUUAUAAUUCCAAAAUCACUGGUGUUACUUUCCUGGCUUGCUGACAGGUACCGCUGUAGAGAUCACAUGCAGCACAGUUUCCGACAGACAUGAAUCUCCUGUAGUUCAAAUGAAACUGAUUGUCGAUAGCGCUCAACUGGGAUAACUGUGUGCCAUAAGUGUUGAAAACACACAAACACCUGCCAGCCUAAGAUGCUGUACAUUUUUACACUAGAGAUUUUAACCUGAUGAUUGUAUCGAAGUCGUUGACUUUAUACAGUAGUGUUAGUUUUUACGAAUGAUAUAUGUUAACAGUAUUUAAAGCAGACAAUUUAAUAGAUUUUGUGCAACUUAGGAUCAGUAUGUUCAGCCCUUUCCUAAUCAGAUAGCUGAGACUUGGAAAUGUACGUAGUUCCAGGAGUUUUAUGAGUCUUUCUGUGCCAAGUUCAGUCUAGAGCAGUGUUUGUCGCCGUCACUGAGAUAGAAAGACCAGGGAGUAAGUAAGCACUACACACGAUAUGAUGCGCUUCCUGAUCAGGCAGUAGU